GCCCGGGAACACCGGGAAUGGCCCUGGGGAUGGAAGACCCUGCGAUCCCUCCCUCCCCGCUGCCCCGGGAACACCCUGCGAUCCCCCGGGAAAGGGAAUCCCGGCGGCAGUGUCCCAGGAAAUGCAGGCGGGACAACAUGGAGCCUUUUCCUCUCUCUGAGCUCGGGCUCCCAGCAGAAAACAAAGCUAUCCAGGGAAUCCUCUGCCCCAUGGCUGUGGAGCUCUGCCACCUCCUCCUGGCCCUGGAACGGGAAGAUGGGAUUUGUGAGGCCUUUCCCAAUUUAGGGGAGAAGGCAGAAAAACUGGCCAAAGCCCUGGAAGAACUUGCUGCUGUGGCAGGAAGGCUGGCCCGGGAGCCCAGCGAGGAGGAGAUGUGUCCCAUGGCCAAAUCCCUGGAGCAGGCCGGGAGGGAUGUGCUCCUGGCAGCGCUCCGGCUCCAGGAGCAUCCGGAGAGCCCUCGGCUCCGGGAGCACCUGGCAGGGACCGCCCGGAGAGUCCUCACGGAGACAGCGAAGGUCCUUCAGCUGGAAGAGGCCGCAGGGAUGAGGCGGAUCACCCGGGCAGCCGGCCGGCUCCUGGAGUGCCUGCGUGUGCUGCGGGAUGCCCGGGACACGCCGGGGCUCCUGGCAGCAUUCCAGGCCUUCUCCGAGGCCGCGCUCCUGCUGAGCCGCCUGACAGCCAAGCGCCUCCAGGAACUCGGGGAUGGUCCCGCACGGGAGAGCCUGGCCCACACCCUGCAGCUCCUCCACCGGUGCGUCCCCCUGCUCCACGGAGCCGUCAGACAUUCCAGGGAUCCCCGAGCCGACCUCUCCGGAGACGGCGCUUUCCAGCUGACAGAGGGGACCAUCAGGGAGCUCCUCUCCCUGCUCACGGAGCCCCGGGACAGGAGCGGGAUGUUCUCCCAGCAGGUGAACACGCUGCUGGAUCUCCUCUCCCACCCGGACCGGCUGCGCCUCUCCGAGGGCGGGCUCAGCUCCCACGUGGAAGCGGUCGUUCUCCAUGGAAUGCUGCUGGCAGACUCAUCCAGGCUGGAUCUGCAGCUGGAGCUGGUGGAACGCUGCUGGGUCCUGCUACGGCUGAGGAAGAGCAUCUGCGGCCGCAUGAGGCGGUUGGAAGGAUGUCCAGGAGAGCAUGGAUUGGAGCAGGAAUGUCACAGCAUGAGGGAGGAGCUGGAAAACCUGGACCGGACCGUGCUCAGGGCCACGCUGUGCCAAAUCCUCGAGGGAUUCUUUGAGGAGAAGGAGACCCUGAGGCAGCUGGUUGAAGGUGCCCUUGCUCUUGCUGGUUCAGGAUGUUUUCCAGCAGGACCAGGAGGAAUUCUAAGGAAGCUCCAGCCCCUCACCGCCGCCCUCUUCGCUCAGGCCCAGCAGAUGCUCCGAGCGGCCGAGCUGGUUCUGGCCCGCUGCACCAAAUCCCAAACUGCCAGGGAAAUCCGGGAGCGGGUGGAGCACCUGCAGAGCCUCCUGGGCAGCCUCCCUUCCCUGCUCCUGGAAAGGAGUGGGAACACCGCAGAGCAGCUCCAGGCCCUGUGCCACGCCUGGGCCGGAGCCACCGGCAGCCUCCUGCGCUGCUUCGAGGAGACGGUCGGCACACGGGAAUUCCUGGAGCUGUCCGUCCUGGAGAUGGCCAAGCACAGGGAAUGGUGUGAGGCGGCGCUGGGACGCGGGGAUCCCGAGGGAUUCUCCUGGCACGCCGCUCGCCUCACCGGCUGGGCACGCUGGGUGGUUGGAGCCACUACCCGGCACGUGGACAGGGCCACAGAUCCCAUCUUCAGGAAUGGCCUGCUGGUGUGGGUGGAGCAGCUGGCCAAUUCCAUCCUGGAGCUGAGGGCAGUGCCAGCCCAGUGCCUCCAAUCCCGGGAUGCCUUUUCCCAGGCAGCCAGCUGCCUGAUGGACGCUGCUCUCCGUGUCCAAGCCGGGCUGGACGGGUCCAACCACCCGGAUAUCCUCAGCCCGCUCCGGGAGCGAGUGCAGAGCACUGAGGUGGCAAAGGGGCCGGAGCUCAGCCCGUCCCACGCCAGGAUACAAACCAGUAUGGAUGAGGCCACAUUCCACGGAGACACCCCAAGCCCUCCAUCUUCACCACCAGGCACCUCCCACCCGGAUGUUCCGUGGGAAGGGGGUGCACACCCUGCCAUCAGGGCUCUCCUGGCAGCAUCCCGAGCCCGGGAUGUGGCCGCUGUCCAUGCCGCUGGCUCUGCCUUGCUGGAGCUCUCCGAGGGCUGCGUGGAUGCGGCGCGGGAAGCGCUGCCCGUGGCCGAGACCCCCCAGCUCCGGGUGCUGGGACAGCACCGGGACAUCACGGCACUGACCCCAAGGAUUAUCAGCCUGGCCAUGGAAACGGCCCGCAGCCAGCUCCCUGCUCCAGGCAGGCUGAUCCACAUGGCACUCAGGCUCUCGGGAAGGAUCCGGGACACCCAGCAGUGCCUGACAGCCGUGGCAGGCUCUUGGAAUAGUCUGUCCCAGCAAGUGCUUGGGUUUGUCUCGUCAGGUGACUUUCCAAGAGGGAAGCAGGCUUUGGAUGAGGCCAUGCUGGCUUUAGCAGGAGCAGUGCAGCUGGCAGGAGACAUUGCAAGCACAGCCUGUAGUAAGGAAAAUCCCAUUCCCUCCCAAGUUUGGGAUAGCUUUCUGCAGGUCCAAGCCAAGUUUUCCCGUGCUCAGCUGAACACCAGAGUGUUCCUGGAGAAGGCAGAAUCCUUCGGGGGCUCCUGCAGGAUGGAAAAGGCCAUCCUGGAGCUGCACGGUGUGCGGUGGGCCGUGGGCACGUGUGUCCUGCUGCACGCCAUGGAUCGCUUCGUGGGAAGGGAUGUGCUGUUCCUGAGGGAGCUGAGCAGGGCCGUGAGGAACAAGGCUGGCUCACGGAGCCUCCUGGCUGCCGUGGCCGAGAAUUCCCUGAGGCUGCAGGAGGCCGCCCGGCUCUCUUACCUGUCCUCUCCCACAGACCGCGGUGCCAGGGAAAUCCUGGCGCUCCGAGGGGAGAUCCAGGUGCUCAUGGAAGCACUGCUGGACGUCUCCAACACCCUCCUGGUCUCCCCACUGCCUUCAGCCAGCCUGUCCGUCCGCUUCGAGCUCCUGCGGAGAGACGUGGCCCUCAGGGCCAGGGCGUUACUGCUCCACCUGGAGAGGGCCAACACGGAGCAGGUGCACCUCAUCCAGGACGUGGUUGGAGCAGCCCUGCCCGGCCUCUCCCACGAGGAGAGGGACAGGAGCAAGGAGGCCUUUGAGGAGAAGGCGAGUCGGCUCGUGGCUGACGUCCAGUGGGUCAGGAACACCCUCCGGGACGCUCUGGAGGCCGGAGCUCAACGGCCACCGCGGGACAACCUGCUCUCCACGGCAGAGCACCUCCUGCUCCUCACGGUCCACGCCGUGGGCAGCGCCCGACGGAGCCUCCGGAGCCACAGGGAGGGGGGGGAUGCCCGCCUGGACACCGGGGAUCCCCAGGAUGCAGGGGAUGCCCACCUGGGCAGCGUGGUGUGGUACUGGUCGGCCCAGGCCCGCUACCUCCUCACACAGCUCCGGGCCACCCGUGGCAUCGGCACGGACGUCCUGCGGCACAUCACGGAAUGCCUGCAGCGGGAACGGGCGUUCCCAGGACAAUCCCAGCUCUGCCCAGCCCCACAGCCCACGGAGGCAGCGGGAAGUCGCCCGCUCGGGAGCAGAGCAGGGAGUGGAGCUCCACGGGAAGCAGGUGAAAUGAAGCAGGCAGGUGGAGGAGGCCGCUCGGCACCGCUGUGUCCGCACGCUCCGGACCUGGAAUCUGUUCCAUUACUGUCUGGACAGCAGCAGGAUGGCCCUUCCAGCAUCUCCCCUGCAAAGCACAAGAGAGGAAGCUGUGACACACAGCAGGGCAGCCCCAGCAAGGUGUCCCAGGUCAUCCAGGACAUGGCAAUGAGGAUGCUGCACAUGGCUCAGUUCCUGAGGAAGAAGGGCCCCAUCGCGAGCAAGGAGCAGUUUGUUGCCUGUGCCAGGCAAAUCGCUUCCGACGGGCAGGUGGUUGUCAGAUUUGGGCACGUCCUCGCCAAGCAGUGCCCGGACCAGAGAUGCUCCACGGAGCUGCUCCGCGCCUCCGAGCACACCCACACCCUCAGCAGCCAGCUCGCCAUCGUGGCCAGGGUGAAAGCGGUGACUGGGGAGAGCAAGGCCUCCUCGGAGCUGCUCCUGAGCAACGCGCAGAACCUGGUGCGAGCGGUGCGGCACCUCCUGGGCGCGGCCGAGGCGGCCUCUGUCAAAGGUUUGGGACAACCCUCACCUGACCCUGAAGCAGAAGAAGUUGCUGCUUUUUGCCUGCAGUGGAAGAAAAACCUGUCGUGGCACAGAGCCAAGGAGGCUUUAAAUUCCAACAGGGAUGAGUUAGGGCUCCGCAAGACUCGGGAAGCAAAGGUGGAGCCCACCCUGAUGGGUAUGGGGCAAGAACCACCCCCUCAGACCAGGAAUAUCCCAAAGCAUCCCAGUCCCAGGAAGGGACACACGGCUAUGGACAGACACCUGUAAAACCAGGGAGGAGCUUCUCAUCCUGAUGGCGUUGGAAUAUUUGCAAGAUGAGGGAUUUGUGUUGGAGCGUUUUCCAGGAAUGUUCUGACAGGAAAAUC